CUGCCGGAUGCGGAGAUGGCAAGGUUGCCGUCGACGGAGCCUCUAGAACUACCGAAGAUUCAGUUCGAGUUCGCUGCGGAGCGUCCAGACAGCCUGAAGAGAGACAUCGGUCUCAUGAGCUCUCGCCGGCAUGAGGUCAGAAACGUUUUCAAGAAGAGUUGGCAAGCGUACGCCCACCACGCCUGGGGAUACGACGAGCUGGGACCUCUGUCUCUCCGAGGCAAGAACCGAUACAACGGAUGGGGUGUUACAGCCGUGGACUCACUCGAUACGUUGUGGCUGAUGGGCAUGUACGAUGACUUCAAAAACGCCGUUCAGUAUGUUAGCGCUAUCGACUGGAACAACUCGACCGACCCCAGGUGUAACGUUUUCGAGACCAACAUCCGGUACCUAGGAGGCCUGCUGUCCGCAUAUGACCUCAGCAAUGAGGAGGUACUCCUCAAGAAGGCCAUCGAACUGGCAAAUAUGCUCUACGCAGCUUUCGACACACCCAACCGCUUUCCACCUGUCUCUUUCAAUUUUGAGGACCUCAGGGCGGGCAAGUUGUUGCCGGAUCCCUACCAGAGCGCUGCUUCCAUCGGUAGUCUCUCGCUGGAAUUCACGAGGUUGGCUCAGAUUACUGGGGAGUUCAAGUACUUCGACGCUAUUGAGCGCAUCAAGACGGCCUUCGAACAGAUUCAGGACGAAACAUUAUUACCGGGGUUGUGGCCGAACUUCAUCAACGUCCGCGACGACUUUCAGACGCCCAACAACAUAUUCCGGUUGGGCGGGGAUGGCGACUCGCUCUACGAGUAUUUACCAAAGAUGCACGUCCUUCUCGGGGGCGUCGACACGGCUUAUGAAAAGAUGUACAUGGGCGCGGCCAGGGCCGCCAAAUCUCAACUUCUGUACCGUCCUAUGACGCCUACCAAGGACGAUGUGUUGUUGCUCGGCACCGCCAUCGUCAACGAGAAGCUCAAAAAGGUCGACCAGAUUGCGGAGCUCGAGCACCUCUCAUGUUUCGCCGGUGGCAUGUUCGCCAUGGCCGGCAAGCUUUUUGAGGCCCCUGAAGACGUCGAGGUUGGUGAGAAGCUCACCAGAGGAUGCGCGUGGGCGUAUAGGUCCUUCAAGAGCGGACUCAUGCCGGAAAAGUCUCAGAUCGUCAAGUGCGACACCAUCGAAGGCUGCGAAUGGGACGAACAAAAGUGGGCGGCUCAGAGCAGUCGUAACUCACCGAGGGGCUUUUGGCGGAUCGACAACGCCCGCUACAACCUUCGACCCGAAGCCAUCGAGAGCCUGUUCAUUCUCUACAGAAUCACCGGCAAGCAGGACCUGUUGGACAUUGCGUGGGACAUGUUCCAGGCAAUUCAGAAGGCGACAGAUACCCACGACGCUUACGCCGUGGUUCACGACGUGACCUACGCUCUAUCACGGCAAGAGGACAGCAUGUCAAGCUACUGGCUUGCCGAGACCUUGAAGUACUUUUAUCUCAUCUUCUCGGAUCCGGAACUGAUCAACUUGGACGAAUGGGUGUUCAACACGCAGGCGCACCCUUUCAAGCGACCUGUUGCGGCGUGGAAAGAAACUUGA